GUUUGUGGGCUCGUUUCGUUCGACCGAACGACAAAAUAAUCGGCAAGUAAGAUGGCGGCGAUUGAUGUGAAAGGCGAAACGUUGUCUUAUUUCUACCUGUAAAUAUUGAAAGCUAUAAUUUAAAAGAUCUUAAAUGUUAUAGAAGCGAAGAAUACUAAGUACGAAGUGAAAAUAUAUAGUGAACGUUGUGUUUUAAAUACAAACUAAGUGGUUAUUCAUUUCACAAUAGACAAAACCCGUCGCAACCAGCACUCAAUCAAGGAGUCGAGGCCAUAUUUAUGAUGUUAUCUGUCGUGUGAGCGUCCUCCGAAAACCACAUUGAUAAAUAUUUGUCGAAAACUAAGGCAAUGGAGUGUCUUCUACAUAUGAAGAAUCAUUUAUAAAUAGAAGAUGAUCUCUAGUGUUUGGGUUUAGUGGUAGUAACAAUAAAGUGUGUGGUGCAAACUAUGGAUGAAAGUGUGGACAUCUAUUGACAAAUUACAUACAUUGACACUAAACAAGCAUCACGGAGGUGGUAAUGGAUCCAGUAGGACCAUGGUCAGCAUAUGCUUCUUACAAUCGAUUAGCAGGAGUCCAGGCUGGUGCUGCAAGUGGAGACUUUCAUCACCACUUAGCAAGUGGCGGGUCAGGAUUAGGCAGCCAGUCUGUGCCAUCAACAACCAGUCAGUUACUUCUUCAAGCAGCUCACACUACAGCAUCAUUAGCAGGGCAACUGGGCUCAUCGACAGCAUCUCCUUUCAACCCAGGAGGUUUUCUUUCUCCUCCUGGCUAUGAUGCUAUGUUCUCACCUCUUUUUCAUCAUGCGAAUCCAAAACCAGCUCAUUAUAGUUCUUCACUUCAAGCGCAACACAGACAAGUAAUUGCACAGGCACAAGCAGCAGUGGCAUCGAAACAGUCUUCUGUGGAGACUGAACUGUCAUCAUUAAGAGAGAAUUAUUCUCACCAAACACUUGCUGCGCAAGGAACUUCCUUUUUUGAUCAAUCUACCACUCCUGGAAGUACAGCAGGACUAAGUUGGCAAGGGAACAACCAAUUGCCAAGUCCAUUUGGAAUAUUGCCCCAUGAAAGUGUUGUGCCCUCAUCUCCAAGUCCAGCUACUACAAAGGCAUCUGCAACAUAUGAAAACUUUAAUGCACACUUUGCAGCAGCACAGACUCUAAACAACCAUUUAAACUCCCAGCUUUCCAGUGCAGCUAAACAGGCCAAUAGGGCAGGUUCCCCAGCAACAGCAUCGAAACCAGCUUCUUCAACAACAUCAACAUUUUUUCAAUCUCCCUCAACAUUUGGAAAUCAGACUGAUAAUUCAUAUAGUACAAGCAGUGCAAAAAGUGGUCAACUUUCAUCUCAGCAGGACUAUGCUGGAAGUAAGUCCUAUUCAAGUUCGGCAAGUUCAACUGCUCAUUCUCAGCAGUCGUGUAUUGUAUCAACUCCACCAGUAACCGCUUCCUCUACCCCUCCCAGUAAAGAUUACCGUACUUCCUCUAGCACAAGUUCCAGACCCUCUUCAUCUAUUUACAAUUCCCAGUCCCCAAAAAACUGUAGUAGUGAAAAGUCUCGUCAGUCUUCUAGCAGUAGUAGUAAUACAAGUAGUUUUGUUUCACCUACUUCCAAACCCCCACAGGUUCAAACUAAAGCGCAAAGUAAAAUUUAUCCAGAACACUCUAAUGAACAAAGAAAACCUGAGUCAAAUGACAAAGUCCAACCACAAUCUUCACCGAUCAGUUACUCAAUAAUGGAUGCUCCUGGUAGGCUUAGCUAUAGCAGCAAUAGUUCUUCUAAAUCAAAUAGGAUUGGAAACUCUCCUUACUCAACAUCUCAAGGGUCUAGUUUCAGACAUUAUCAAAGUGGUAAUAAUGUUGAGGCAGAUUAUCAUGUACGAGCAAAAAGUAGUUCAAGUACCGAUACAGGUUACUCUAGCAGUAGUUCUCAGAAUGGCCCAGACUGUGGUGUAGUUGUGGCCAGAAGACAGAGUCCUUCCCAAGCUCCACCACAAACAUCGCCAUUAGGCCAUGGUUCUAGUCCAGCAUAUCCUAUGUAUCAUAGUCCUAUGAAUUCGAUUAACUCACCACAGCAGCAUGGUGAGCAUUUUAAAACUAGUAAUCCUGCACCCAGAUCCCCUCUAGAUGCUUCAGUAACAAGACCGCCUUCUCAGAACAGUCAAGUAGCCUACCCUUCUGUCAUUACUAGGGCCCUAGGAAUUGAUCAAACCAAAACAUACUCUGAAAAUCGAUAUGAACGAAAUCAAACUCAGUCUUCCAGUCAAAGCUGUUGGGAGAAUGACCGUCAAACCAGUAGAAAGUUCUCUAGUAGUAGUAAUAGUAAUUUUAACAAUAGUUCUAUACCAGAAAGUAGUGAAGAACCUGCCCCAGCUGCAAGUCAAAGGUCACUAAGUUUAACUGAGAAGCAGCACAACUAUUUUGAUAGUAACAAUGUUGCUUUACAAGAUUUAUCUAGCUGUCGUGGAGAUCCCAUGACAAUAGUUAAAAAUUUACAGAGUUUGCAGCAGAGUUGUCAAGUACAAGAUACAAAAUCUAGCAAAGCCCCUGUGGUCUCAACUCCAGCAACAAUUAGUAAACCUUCAGUUCGAAGAAAGAGCACUGAAAAACCAGUGACUCAUUCGAAUAUGAAUGACCUGUCUAAUGCCGUUAUGGCAGAUUAUUUGGCAAAUAGGAUCCCUCCACCAGCACACAGUUCAACUAGUAAUCAACAGCAAAAUGGAAGUUACUUUGAUUUUGAGAGGUGGAACCUUCCACCACCACCACCCAAAAUGUUCCCUGGAACUUCCGCAUUUGGUUCCCAAGCCCCAUUACACGCCACAAACUUUGCUAACCAACACCAGGCUCUUGCCAUGCCCCAUGGACAUGCACUAACAUAUUUCCCUCCUUUCCACCUAGGUCCCCAUCCUGACUUUCAGUCUUCUGUGGAGUUAACACCAUUAUCGUCUUUUAGCGAGACUCCACCUUCGGCUUCCUCCUCAUCUUUUUCAACACCUGAAACACGUGAAGAGGAACAGCCUAAGGUGGUAGUACCUAAUAUAGAAGAAGAACUUGGUUUCCUUGCAGAACAACGGGCAAAUACUGCAUCAUCGGUAGCACCCACUUCACAGCAGCAGAACCUUAACAGCACUUCACAAGACGCUACUACAAAAAUUAUGGAAAAAAAAUUCAAUGUUCCUGUCACGGGCCCGGGAUCAGGUUUCAUGGCUUCUUAUUUAAAAUUUUUGCAAGGGGAGAGGGAUACCUCGCCCCCGCCGGCCGGUCGAGGUGCCAGGAAAUCGUCUACGUGGUCUAGAUCGAACACAAAUAGCAAUAAUACUAAUAAUAAGCCCUAUAUGCCUAAUGAACACAAUAAAUGUGAUUCAACUACCCCGCAACAGAGUGCUAAUGGCGCGAUGGCGACAUCGAACGUAAUAAAUUCGGGGAUGGCUCUAAGUAAUCCUGCCAUGAGUUCAGCGGCGAGUAUGAGCACGGCAGGCUUGUUGGGUGCUAACCAAAUACAUGGCGCGGCAAACUUGCUCAGCGCACAGAAAGGCGUCGAGUUAGAUGACCCGCGUUAUUAUAACUUAAAUAAGGACAGAAAACGGAAGUACGACGGAAGCGAGGAGUCUGCUUAUGACGCAGACGAGGAAGCGAGAAGGUUGAAUAAGCCCGUGCUCAACGUGCCCAGUACGCCGCUGAAUGACAAAGGGAAGAAAGGCCGCAGCACGAUGCACAAGCCGACGCCCUCGGCGGUAGUGGCGCCUCAACCGGCCGCCCCCAAGAAGCCACGACCCCCGGCCCCGCCGCCCGUGGCCUCCCUGCAGGCGCCGCACCAGCAAUACUAUUACCAACAACAGCCUGAUGAAGCCACACACGGUGCUAGUUUGGGAUACGGGCUGGGCUAUGGUGCUGCGGAAAACGACAAUGGUGGCGAUAGAAAAUUACAUCAUAUAAAAUCUCAUCAGCAAAUAACGAGCUCUGGACAGAUAGAUAAUACCAGACCUAUUGAGGACAUGCCUUAUCAGCCUGGUGAAUUUGUGGCAAUAAAAAGUGAACUAAACGAGAUGUGGCCAGCUAUUUGGAGAGUAGAUGGCAAAACUUUAUUACAAAAAUAUGAGCCCUUUGAAGAAAAUGGCAAAGUUCUUUACAGAAAUAUAUCGACGUAUGCAGCAUGGAAUCCUGAAAAUAAAAAGCUGUACACACAAGUAAACGUGAAAGUGCGAUCACAGUCGCACCUGGAGACCGUAGUUGAGUUAAUAAGAAACGAAGCUUCACUCGACGAUUGCAACUUUAUCGAGAAGAGAAUGUUGGAGACGCAAAUGUAUCAAGAGAAUUUUGAAGUCUACAUACAGACAUUAAUAUCACAUGCAUUAGAUCCAAAUUUCCUCACAGAAAUAUUUCAAGAACAAGACGAAUACUUCCUAUCGAACGUGAAGACAGUGGAUGAGGUGACGGACCGGAUGCGGUCGCGGGUGUCGGGCGGCGGCGGAGGCGGCGCGCGGGCGCUGGACGCGGCGCUGGGCACGUUCCCGGGGCUCAGCGUGGCGGCGGGCGCCGGCGCCUGUCGCGCCUGUGCGCGGCCCGCCGCCGCGCGGCUGCUGCUCUACGGCCAGCCCUACAACCCCGCCACGCUCGAGCCUGUCCAGCCUGACGCCAGGCUCGCUUAUGAGAAGGAAUUCCUUGUCUGCGGGACUUGCUGCGGUCGCGUGCAAUUGUUUUCUAGGAUAUCGCAUCAGAAGUAUCUAAUGUAUGCCGAAUGCAGUAAGCGUGUGACGGAGAAAAGAAUGCAGAAUCCUAACAAAGACACUACGGUCAUUCUAAAUGAGCUGUUGGCGGACGAAUCGUGGCUGUUACAGCUGUUCCGGGACGUGCGACACUCGUGGGCGGAAGCGGAGUCCUGGGACCGCAAGAUGCGGCACGCGAUGUCGCGCCAGAUGAUAUAACACUAGCGGGGGCUCCCCAGUGUAGUGGUUACAGCGAGGACUAACCGAUUCAUUUCCUUUUGAUACCUGUGAAAUAAGUGAUGUAUAUCUAAUUGUUUUUGUAUCUUAUACAAUUUGUAGCAUGUAAAUUGGUACUUUUACAAAUCUGGUACAGAAUGUAAUAAUUUUAAUAGAAGACACGUUUGUAUACCCGUGUAUGUAUAGGUGUUUAAGACAUGUACACAAUCUUGACUAAUCUUUACUUAAAUGUACACUUUUAAAAUCAACAUCUUUGCACCACAAGUGAAUUAUAAAAAUCAUGAAAUAAAUAUAAUAAAUUGAUUAGUGAUGUGCAGAAAUCUUGAUUUUUAAUAUGUACAUUUCGAUUUAAAAGACAUGUCAACAUUGUGUACCUUUUUAGGUACCUUAACAAACGGUAUGUUAUAUUAUAAUUUUAUUUCUCAUCGAAUUUCUAUUGGCUGUUACUUAUGAUUUUCAUAUAUUGUCGCAGCUCCGGUGCCAUGAGUUUAUACUAUUACAAAGAAAAGCUUUUUUACUUCAAUUUAUAAUAAAAACGUAUUUCCAUUAUGACUGAAGUAAUGGAAAGAGUACGUUUUUUCAACGUCUCCCAUGUACCUACUGAAUGGAAGGCCUAAUUAAUACUAGUACUUUAUACUUUUUCUUCUUUUACAGACGGUUUAUGUGAGAAAAAUAAAAAAAACAAAACAUUUCAAGCUUAAAGUCUAAUUAGUAGAACAUAAACAAAAAAGAAAAAUAAGUUAACGUUAGACAAGAUUACAAUAAAUAUGACAUGUAAGAUAGUGAUGUGAAAUGUCUAUAUUUUAUAAUUGUAAAUAUGAUUAUUAUUUUUUUAUGUGUACACUGUUUUGAAAGCUGGAGGGUUUUAUUUAAUUUUGAUUAUAGUUUCAUUUUGUGACGGCACGGCAAUAUCACAUACUGAAAAUGUAAAGUUGCGCAGCCAGUUUUUAAUAUUGUAGUCAGUCACAUAUUCCAUAUAGCAUUUAAACAUGGAAAACCUACAUAGUCGAUUCAUUUUACUUGAUAGUAUUGACGUGUAUUCUAACUACACGCCAACUAUAAAGUUUUGAUUCACUUAAAUUUCGAUACACAUUGUUAAUGUGGUUUAUUCUCAUAGUGAUCUAAUAAGCCAAUCAGAUUGAUUAAUGUUAAAAUAUUUUUUAAAUACUCAUUGUACUUUACGGGUGGUGUCGUUUAUCUGGAUGAUGAUGGAUUUAAAAUAAUAUGCAAAUUAAAUUGGAAUUUCAAUGAAGAAUUAGAAAAAAAAGAUAGCGAUAGUGGGAUCUAUUUAUUUAUGGUAAUAUGGUUAUGUCUUGGUGAAAGAUGAAUAUUGAAGUGUGAUAUAAUUAAUUCUUAUUUAAUUUUUUGGAAUCUGAAACUAGUUAUGAUUACGUAUCUACAUUUGCCACGCGAUUUAAAUAAGCCUCGGAUAGGCCUGUCGUGGUGAGGAUUAUAUUUAGCGCAAACGUCUAUACAUGAUUUUAUGUAGAUAGUGUUCGGCUGUCCACUAGAACCUCCCGUAAGCACCGGCGCGUUCUGGACUAAUUGUUGCGGGCGAUUAACUUUAUGUUAUCAAGGCCUUUGCAUUAUUCAAACUUGAAAUACUUAAAAAUUUUGCUAUUUAUUUAUUAAUUUCGAAUUCAUGCUUCACAGAUACUUUAGUAAGUAAGUGAAAAUGUUUUAUUAUUUCAUCGCAUAUUUUGUAAAAUGCUGAUUUUCUUGUGAAUCAAAAAACUAUUUGUCUGUUAGUACAUUGUCACAUUCCCAGAGAAAAAUAUUUAGUCUCGUUGACUCUAGUUAAAGUCGUGAGUUGUGAACAACAUUUCUUUUGUUGGUUUCAUAAGAACAAAAUGCGACGAUAUUAUAUUUUAAUUCGAUAUGAUAAAUGAGUACAGCAUGGAAAAUAUUUUGUAUAAUUGCAUUAGGUUGUAUAGAUUGUAAUAUCCGUAACUACAUUUAGUAGUUCGUAAUCCUAAAUAGAUAAGUACAUAGCAUUGUAAAAAUGAAUAACAGGUUCUAUCUGGUAAUUAAAGUUAAAGAGAACUUUAUUUAUUUUGUUCUGAAUUGGACAAAUUUAGGUCGAAUUUGUUUUGAAACCAUUACAUAUUAUAAGACAUCAUAAUAAAUGGCAGGUUUAUCUAGCAAAA